AUGGCAGCGAAAAAGGCUUGCACACUGCCAGGCGGGUCUUCCCUCGUGGGCACUGGGUGGCGGCCGGGGUCGGCAUGGGCCUGGGUGGCGUUGGUGGGGUGCGUCCUGGCCGCCUCCAUGCUACCCUCCAGGAGGCCUCCGUCGAUGCGAAACAGUCAGCCCCACGUCGUCGGCGGCCCUGCGGCCCCGGCGGACAACCGGACCGGCGGGUGGGCGCGCUCGUGUUGCUCGCUGCCGUGCGAGAACGGCGGCCUGUGCGAGGACGGCGAGGACGGCUGGAGGUGCCGGUGCGAGGGCACAGGUCACCACGGCCGGCGCUGUCACAUCGUGCUGCCCGCCGUGCCCGCGGGGUGUCCCACGCCCCUUGGCCUCGCGGGUCGCCGGCGGCUGCCCAGCGAGGAGGACGUGUUCGACGCGGUGCUGGCCAGGCCGCCGGACGCGUUCGUCGCGGACCCCACUGGCGCCAACCUCCUGUCGGUCGCCUUCCUGCACCAUUUCCUGCAUCAGUUUGAGGCCGGAGCCGGCGACCUGCAGCCGGUUCACGCACACGUCGUCCUGGUCCUCGAGGUUGACGCCAGGCAGGUGUACGGCGCUAGCGACGCGGCCCGGCGCCUGCUGCGCGCCCCCUCGGGCGGUCGCCUGCUGUCGAGGCUCGUCGACGGCGAGGAGUUCCCCGCCUGCGUUGAGGACGCGCCCGUCGACAUGGUGUACCCCGUGACCGGGCCCGGCGCGCGACGCCGCCGCCACCUGCCGUACUACCACCUGACCGGGGACGCGGCCGCGCCCGAGGCGGAGCCGCGCUGGGCGUUGGGCCACCCGAAGCUGUCCUCUACGCCGCUGGUCUUCGCCAUGGCCGUGGUGUGGCUCCGGGAGCACAACCGGGUGGCCGCGCUGCUCGCUGACGCGCACCCGCACUGGGACGGCGAUAGGCUGUACGAGACGGCGCGGAGGGUGGUGACGGCCGAGAUGGUGCUGGUGCUGCUGCGGGAGGUCGUGCCCGAGGUGUGGGGCUGGGGUCCUCGGGCGCCCGGGCUGCUUCGCGAGCUCGCCGCCCCGCACCAUCGGCACACCGCGCAGCGGCUGCCGCUGCCCGCCGAGCUGCCCCUGGCCCUGUUCUGGGGCUGGCAGCUGCCCGACGUGCUCGAGGUCGGCGACGACGCGUUCAACGUGACGGACCUCAUGUUCACUAACCAGAGGCUGGUCGUGGAGCGCGGUCUCGGCGCCGUGCUCCAGGCCGCGGCCACCCAGCCCGCCGGCAAGGCGUGCGCGCACAACAGCGGGCGCCUGGUGAAGGGCUGGACCAAGCGCCUAAUGCGCGACGGCCGGCGCGCCCGCCUCCAGCCGUACGCCCGCUACCGCGCGCUCCUGGGGCUGCCCGCGCACCGCGACUUCCUGGACCUCGCCGGCGGCGACGCGCGGACGGCGGACGCCCUGCUCCGCCUCUACGGGCACGUGGACGCCGUGGAGCUGCUCCCCGAGUGGCCAUAA